AUGGUAGAAGGGGAAGCGAACUCUCCAACGUGGAAGUUCACACAAUGUUUUGGUGAUAAGGGCGAUGUAGAGGAUAUCACAGAAGCGGAUAUCAUCUCAACCGUCGAGUUCGAUCAUACCGGCAACUACCUUGCAACCGGUGACAAGGGGGGCCGAGUUGUGCUUUUUGAAAGAAACGAGACGAAAAAAACAUGCGAGUACAAGUUCCAUACCGAGUUCCAAUCUCACGAACCCGAAUUCGACUAUCUCAAAUCCCUCGAAAUAGAAGAGAAGAUCAACAAGAUCAAAUGGUGCCGGAGACAAAAUGCUUCCCAUUACCUCCUUUCUACAAACGACAAAACAAUCAAAUUAUGGAAGGUCUUUGAGAAGUCCUUGAAGGUGGUGGCGGAGAACAACCUUUCCCAUGAUUUGACUCCUGGGAACGUUCCAGGGGGUGGAGGUGCUGUUCGAUCUAUGUCAAAUGUCCAUUUCACAGGUCCCCACGACCUGAAAUUACCACGCCUUACCCAUCACGACACUGUCGUUGCGGCAGUACCCCGACGAACUUACGCUAAUGCUCACGCAUACCAUAUCAACAGCAUAUCGGUAAACAGCGAUGGAGAGACAUUUAUUAGCAGUGAUGACCUGCGAAUAAACCUCUGGAACUUGAAUAUUCAGGAUCAAAGUUUCAACAUUGUUGACAUUAAGCCUGCUAACAUGGAGGAGCUGACAGAAGUUAUUACGGCUGCAGAGUUCCAUCCACUGAGCUGUAAUUGGUUCAUGUAUGCAAGCUCAAAAGGCACCAUCAAGCUUGCAGACAUGCGAGAGAGCGCUCUGUGUGAUCAACAUGCUAAGCAAUUUGAACAGGAGGAGGAUCCCUCUUCUCGCUCCUUUUUCUCGGAAAUAAUAUCAUCCAUCUCUGAUGUCCGAUUCUCACACGACGGUAGAUACAUUCUCUCACGAGAUUAUCUCACGGUCAAAAUCUGGGAUGUGAAUAUGGAGCGUCAGCCUGUCAAGACGAUCCCAAUACACGAGCAUCUCCGCCCCCGUCUCUGCGACACCUAUGAGAAUGAUAGCAUCUUCGACAAAUUCGAAGUCGUCUUCUCCGGAGAUGCCAAGAAUGUGAUGACCGGCAGUUAUAAUAACAACUUCAUGAUUUAUCCCUCAGACCCGGAUAAAGAAGUGGAAGUGGUUCUUCAAGCCGACAAAUCCGCCUUCAAGGCCAAGAAGGUCGGCAUACCCACGCCAAUCAACUCAUCCGCAAGUCCCACAUCUACGAAUGGAAGCAAGAAGGGUGGUUCUAGAGCAGGCAGUCCCGCAGCGGGUGCACCUGGUCAGGGAGGUAGAAUGAGGAAAGAGACCGAUGCCGACCAGAUUGAUUUCAACAAGAAGAUCUUACAUAUGAGCUGGCACCCAUUCGAAGACAGCAUUGCUAUUGCAGCGACUAACAAUCUCUUUGUGUUCUCUGCAUUGUAGAAAUGGCGCGAUAUGGAAGAAUCCCUUGGGUAUACUGUAUCGGCGUUUCCGUGCGUGCCUGGCUACAACCUUCCCGAUCCUUUGUCCCCGGAUUCCCCAUUCGUCAUCCUCUAGACUUUGCCUGUCAUGAGAAACGAGCACAUAGCGUAUCAUGGAUUGUAGGAAGAUUUUUGCCACGACCAAUCCGUGAAAGGCUGGUCAACGUGGAUGCGUGGU